AGGAAGACUGGGGCCCAGCCUUCUACGGCAAGUCGAAGGUAGCAAGAUGGCCGCAGCGGAGGAAGAGAGCGCAUCGGGCACCGACCCGGAGAUGGACGAGCUUCUGGAAAGUGCCCUUGAUGAUUUCGAUAAAGCCAAACCCUCCCCAGCAUCCCCUCCUAUCACCACGGCCCCUGAUGCUUCAGGUUCCCAGAAGAGAUCGCCUGCAGACACAGCGAAAGAUGCCCUCUUUGCCUCCCAAGAAUUCUUCCAAGAACUGUUUGACAAUGAGCUAGCAUGGCAAGGCACUGCUGAGUUUGAGAAGGCUAUGAAGGAGCUGGCUGAGGAGGAGCCCCACCUGGUAGAGCAGUUCCAGAAGCUCUCUGAGGCAGCGGGGAGAGUGGGCAGUGAUACAACAUCCCAACAAGAGUUUGCUUCCUGCCUGAAGGAAACACUCAGUGGACUAGCAAAGAAUGCCACUGACCUUCAGAACUCCGGCAUGUCUGAAGAAGAGCUGACCAAGGCCAUGGAGGGGCUGGGCAUAGAAGAAGGGGAGGGAGAAGGCAGUAUACUCCCCAUUAUGCAGAGCAUUAUGCAGAACCUGUUAUCUAAGGAUGUACUAUAUCCAUCACUAAAAGAAAUCACAGAGAAAUACCCAGAGUGGUUGCAGAGCCACCGUGAAGCACUGCCCCCAGAACAAUUUGAGAAAUAUCAGGAACAGCACAAUGUAAUGGGCAAGAUUUGUGAACAGUUUGAAAAAGAGACAGCUGCAGACAGUGAGGCCACACAGAAGGCCCGCUUCGAGACGGUACUAGAUCUCAUGCAGCAGCUUCAGGAUUUGGGUCAUCCCCCAAAGGAGCUUGCAGGGGAAACACCCCCUGGCUUCGCCUUUGACCUUGACACCUUGAAUCCGUCAGGCCCUGCAAGUGCCAGUGGAGAGCAGUGUCUGAUCAUGUGAAAUUCUUCACCCUUCCCUUCCCAUCCCCAACCAUGAGUGAACACCUGAAAUCAGCAGAGCCAUCGGGUGCUGGGAGGGGUGGUAAUGCUGUGGAGAAACUGCCUGCCUGCCUGUCCCACUUGUCUUCUGCCCCCAUUCCAAUUCCUUCCUCAGCUCUUUCUCCAAGACUACUCCACACCAGCAUGGUCCCUCUGUAGCCAUUGAGGCUGUUUCUGGGAAUGGGACCUAUUAUUCAAAUUGUUCUCAUCAAGUCUUUUAUUCCACCUCCCACCCUCCGUUCUCUGCUGCUAGUGAAUGUACCUAUUUCUACCUGCCUAAGGUCUUUAUGGACUAUGUUCCCUUCCCGCCCCCCCCAAUAUUGAGUGUACCUGUUGUGUAUACCUGCGUUGAUGCUUCCUCCUCUGACUCCCAGGGUUUUUGUGCCUUGUUCCCUAUUUCCUCUGGAGUCGGGGUGCUGUGCUGGCACAGGGCUAGGGGAGAUCCUUGGCUCUGAACAUCCAUCCUUGGGUGUCUGAUCCCUCAGAAACACUGAUCAGGAACUGGAGAAAGGGACACUUGGCAUAUCCUGGUGAGAAUAGGGUCUUUCUAGUCUUUGCCAGCCAUGUGUCCUUUCCCCUAGGUGCACAUAUAUUUUGUUGUAUCCUCUUGUGUUCUGCUCUUCUAAAUUAAUAGAUACCUCUGUUCUUGGUCCAGUCUGAGAAACCAAAUGUCUUCCUAAAUGUUCCACAGUGCUUCUGUUUCUUGAAAUGCCCCACUCCCUUUCCUGCUCUUCUCAGCUUCCUACCCCACCCUUGAACUGUUACUGAGGGGGAACCCCCUACCUUUUCUCAUUCAGCUGUGAUCCCCUAACAAAUCUACCCGGAGUUGGGGAGAGCACAGAGUGUUCUCUUCCUAGCUAUUUUUGGGCAGUUUUGAGACUUCUGGUCCUCAACAUCCUAAGCCUUGAUUCAUGGCAGUGGCUUGGGAGAGGGCUGGCAGCUUGUCCUCCCCCAGUCCUUCCUAGUCUCCUAUGCCUUGGCUGGUGUCUAGUAAACAUCCUGAGCUAGGCUGUGGGGAGUGUGGCCCAUUUCUUGUGUGGCAUAAACUCCUACAGGCUAAGGGUAGAACCUGGUUCUGAAACCCCCUGUUCAGAGGUGUUUGGCAAUGCCUCCCCCCAGCCCAGGAUAAGAUAUCUGCCUGUUUCUUAAAGGUUUCAGCAAAAAGUUCUGAGUUUUCUAACUUUUCACUGGCAUUCUGUUUAAUAUUUCAAAUUUAUUAUUGAGCAUCAAAUCACUUCUCUUAGCUGCCCUUUCUUCUCCUUAGCCCUAGAGCCAUUGAUACUGUGGGGCCUCAUUCACCUUAUAAUGUAAGCACUACACUCAGACCAACCCUCUUGAAUUAAGUGUUAUGAAGACAGCUAACGUUAAGAUGAAUUUGGUUCUUGGUUUAAAGUCAAAUAUAGUUCACUAAAAUAUGGGGAAUUUCAGGCACCUCUGAGCUCACCAUAAGUAAACAGUAUGACAUGGUAGCUAGAAAAACCAAAACAUUUUUCUGUUGUGCUAGAAAAGUCCAGAAUAAAAGGAGAGUAGGAAGUGCUAAUGUUCCUAUUAUAUAUUUGGCAAAUAUUAAAAAAAAAAAUUCCUGUCUUCAGUGAAGUUUGGGGAGGGGGGCCAAGCCACAACCUCAGUUAUGUAUUUAGUUCUAAGCACCCCUCUUAGGAUGUUGACAAGUUGGCUCAGGUUUGAGGGAAGAUGACUAGGAUGCUGAGGGGGCUUAAAACCACAUCAUUCAAAAGCUAGUAGCUGAGGGUGGUGGUGGAAGAAAGUGGCUUUGCAACUGAAAGACUUCCCUUCAUCUCCUGUCUGCUUUCCUGGUACUAGCUCCCACUACCAAGAAACUUGAGGCAGCCCUGCCCAUUUUUGUUCCUAAACCCCCUCCCCCAAGAUUGUUGGUUUGUAGUGGGAGGAGUGGACUCAUGUAGCUCACUGUAUAGAAAGCUGUAGCAAAGCUGUCUAGUUGCCUCUGUAGAGCCUUCUUCCCUAAUAAAACAUUGCCUGCAGUACAUCUCUACUAGGGGUAUGGGAGAGGCUGUGGGGUACACUAGAAAUACUACAGGACUCAAGAGACCCGGCUUUGAAUGCUACCUCUCCCACUAACUGUGACCUUGGGCAGGUCACUUAAUUUCUGGGACUCAGUUUCUUGAUCUGUAAAAGGGGGGAGUUGUGAAUUAGUCUCCAAAGUUCCUUCUAACCGUCGAUGACUGAGCAUAUAGUAUUGGCAUUCAAUAAAUGCUUGUUAAACUGACUCUAGCUUCAACAUUCUACUAUAAAACUCUAUUCAGUACCA